GCUCAGGAGCGGUAGCUAUGGCUCAUCUUGAUGGAUCUGGGACUGACGAAGCCGUUUGCACUAUGGUGCAGAGGGUACAAGAACUAGCACUGGGAUAUCCUGAAGGGAGAAUAGAACUUCAACUGAUAGGAGGAUUCAACGACCCACGACAUUAUUCUGAUGAAAUUUUCUUCAACGUUAUAAACUCCUUUCACAAGCAUCCAGUGGAGAUAGAUCUGACACUAGCUUGUCUGGGAGAACUCAAUACAACUAUAAGAGGUGGAAUACACUGGCCCAUCAUCUAUGGAGUUGGUGUUAACGUGAAAACAGGAGAAAUUUUUCCUGCUAGUUUUCCUGAUAAGGGUCCUGAUCACUCAUUGAGAUGUGCUCGAUAUCUAACUGGAGUGCCACAGGUUCUAGAUAUCUACGACUGCAAUUUGGGUUUAUUGAGAAUCGGACCUUUCAACUAUGAACCACUCAGGGGUGUAGAUUUAUGGCUAUCCCAGACUGAUGAUUUUAUUUUGCAACAUCUGUCAACUUCUCCAGAAGUUGAACCGCCCCAUUUUGUUAUGGAGAUAAGAGCAACUCUGAGAUACAUUCAAGAAAAUCAAUUUCCGGCUGUGACUGUGUUCAGAGACAAUCGGCCCCACUACUACCGGAGGGAUGAGCAUUCUGGCACCUGGACCCCUAUUAGAUAUUAAUUGUCAACAUUAGAAUCUAUUUUUGUUAUCGAUGAUUUGUUAUUUGGAACGUUGAGAAUAUCUUUAUCACAUUAAUAAUUUAGUUUGGGAGGGCUUGUAAACAUUUUCUUUAUGACUUCGUAUAAUAUACAUUCUUAUUCGUUG